AGCGGAUCUGGAGGCUCGCCGGAAUAUCCGGGUGCUACUGACUUUGAACAUAAACAGCAAUGGCGGAGGCAGCAGCGGCGGCAGCGUCUAUCGCGGCUCCGGCAAUAACAACGGGAGGCUGGACGAAAAACGUUACUUGCAGGUAUUUCAUGCACGGUCUUUGCAAAGAGGGAGACAACUGUCGAUACUCGCAUGACCAAAGCAGCAGCAAGCCAGCCAUGAUCUGCAAGUUCUUCCAGAAAGGAUGCUGCGCGUUUGGAGACCGUUGCAGGUAUGAACACACCAAACCAGCCAAGCAAGAGGAGCUCCCCGGCCCCAUGCCUUCAGUGCCGCUUCCUGCUGCCCCCCUUACCCCUGCUGGUGACUCUGGGCCCAUUCCCAGUGAGCCAGCUGGCACAUCCAAAGCCCAGGAAAGGCCUCACAGCUCCGGGGGAGUGGACUGGGUCAAUGCCGCAGAGUUUGUACCAGGCCAGCCCUACUGUGGAAGGGCUGAACUAUCUCCUCCUUCCCCUGCACUCUCAGCAGAUCCUGUGAUUGUGAAUGGUCCAGGGCCUCUCAUCGAGGACGAGUAUGAAAAAGAACAAACCAACAAAGAGCUGAAGAAGCAGCUGUGUCCAUACGCAGCUGUCGGUGAGUGCCGCUAUGGCGUCAACUGCGCCUAUCUGCACGGGGACGUGUGUGACAUGUGCGGCCUGCAGGCGCUCCAUCCGUCUGACACUGCUCAGCGCUCUCAGCACAUCAGAGCAUGCAUCGAGGCCCACGAGAAGGACAUGGAGAUCUCGUUCGCCAUCCAGCGCAGUAAGGACAUGAUGUGCGGCGUGUGCAUGGAGGUGGUGUUCGAGAAGGCCAAUCCCAGCGAGCGUCGCUUCGGCAUCCUCUCCAACUGCAACCACUGUUACUGCCUCAAGUGCAUCCGCAAGUGGAGGAGUGCCAAGCAGUUUGAGAGCAAGAUCAUAAAGUCCUGCCCCGAGUGUCGAAUCACGUCCAACUUUGUCAUCCCAAGCGAGUACUGGGUGGAGGACAAGGAGGAAAAGCAGAAUCUCAUUCAGAAGUACAAGGAUGGCAUGGGGAGUAAGCCCUGUCGAUAUUUUGACGAGGGUCGUGGAACUUGUCCAUUUGGAGCUAAUUGCUUCUACAAGCAUGCCUUCCCUGAUGGACGCCUCGAGGAACCUCAGCCUCCAUCCCAGAACCAGCGAAGGCAGAACGGCUCCAAUGCGAGGAACAGGAGCUCAAGGCGCACGCCGCUCUGGGAUCUGUUCGACGAGCGGGAAAGCAGCGAUUUCUUGGACAACGACGACGAGGAGAUGGUUACGUUUGAGCUGAGCGAGAUGCUCCUUAUGCUUCUGGCGGCAGGAACCGAUGACGACGUCACCGAUUCCGAAGAUGAGUGGGACUUAUUUCACGAAGAGCUGGAUGAUUACUAUGAGCUCUACCUAUAGCACCCCAUCCCUUCUUUCCCACUCUCCCUGACUAAUAUCUCCUGCCACCAUCGAUUACUCCACCCUCUCCCCUUACUAGAAGCUAGACUGUGUGAGUGAUGGACAGUAGCUUAUAUUUCUCCCUGUGUUGUGGCAGUGCCUUUGAGCAGGCCGUUAAACUUAUGAAUUCAGUUCAAAGUAAAAUGAAUGAUUAUAUAUAUAUAUAUAUAUAUAUAUAUAUAUAUAUAUAUAUAUAUAUAUAUAUAUAUAAUUAAAAAAAAGGAAGAACAGGUCUGUGUGCCCAUGUUAAAGCCUUUCUAGAAAACCUCUCCAGUUCUGUGAGUGUUUGUGUGUACAUUAUGUACUAAAGGAAAAAAUCAUAAAAACAGGAAAAGAAGAAAAAAAAAAAAAACAAACAAACUUUAAAAAUGACAAAAAGACACUAAGUUAUAAAUGUAAAAAAAUUGGAAUGCUAUUGCUAAUAAAUCUUAAUGGUUUUAUUCUGAAGUCUAGGUUUGACUUAUCUACCCAGGUAUAGUCCUGAUUAAACGGGACUGCGAGCAUACGACAGCUUUAUAAGACGUUACUGUAACUGGUGGUGGCUGUGAUGCUUUUCUGGAAUAUCCUCUCCUUUCAUGCACUGAUUCUGGGGUGGUGGUGGUGAGCUUCCUUGAUGUCAAAUGCACACAUGCACUCUUAAUGUUUAUAAAAACAACUCGUCACUGAACAUUGUUCUCUCUCUCUCUCUCUCUCUCUCUCCUCUCUCUCUCUCCUAUUACUUCUCCUCCUCCAAUUCUCUCUAAUUGGCCUAGUCAGGUCAGUUUUUAACCUACCUGAAGUGUACAGGUUAUAACCACCUGUGGUAUCAAAUACAGUCUCUCCUAUGAACUGGGUGUAGCGAUACUUUUUGUGAAAUUGGACUCUCGAAAGCAGACUUAAAUGCAUUCAAAUACGAAGCCGAGUGUUUCAUCACUUUAACUGUCUAGUAAUUGUAGCUUUAUGUUUUGCUUCAGUAUUGCAUAUUAAGCUCGGCUGUCAGUAGCCAAUCCACAAACACAGUUGUUAUUCGGUUCUUGUUGAACUUAAUUAAAAUUGCAUAUGUUUAUACUGAUAUGUGCUUGUUUUCUAUGGUCCAGAACCAUCCAACAUAACUUGAAAAUUAAAGUUUAUUAUCACAGUA